GCUACGUGUGGACUAGGCCUGAGUGUUUUUCUUUAUAUUAUUGUCUCUUGUCUCGGUUCCCUACAGCGGCUUUGUGCUUUUAAAUAGUAGUUGGAUGGCGUUGUGUGUAGUCCCAGGGCCAGCAUUGUCGUCGCUCCUCCCUCUCGUGGUUUAGAGUUUUAGCCUAUUUUUAUCCCGACCUGGGUUGUCUUUAAUAAAUCUCCUGUGCUGUAUCUUCUAAAUAAAAUUGUUAAACUUGUGACUAAGCCUCUGCUACGGUUUUAGGAUGUAAGCAUCCAACCCUCUAGGUCACAUUUAGUUUAUCAGCAAAACAAAGUUUAUUUGGGGGUGACUUGCUCUUUAAAGGUCUGAUUUUGUGUCGGCUAAAGUCUGGCUGUCUGUCUGGGGGUCGUUAAAGGCGACGCGUCGUUGUCUGCCGCCGCAGAAAUCCGACCAGAACAAGUCCGUUUAAAAAUGCUCCUGAAAGUUCGGGUUCUGGAUGACCAGGCGGGUCGGGCUGCCCCUUUCUCUCCCACAGACUGGAGCUUUGAGGGCGGCAGAGACUGAAACGAUGCAGUCGGUGUCCAUGGAGGUGGGAAGCAGCAGAUCAGGUGGUUCUGUGGUUCAGGUGAGCUUCCCCAGCGCUCAGACGUCUGUUCUGGACAGCCUGAACCGUCAGAGGGAGGACGGUAGUCUCUGUGAUCUCUCCAUCCACGUCCAGGGACACGUGUUCAAGGCUCACCGCUGCGUCCUCGCUGCUUCCUCGCCGUACUUCCAUGACCAGGUGCUGCUGAAGAACAUGUCUACCGUCUCCAUCCCGGCCGUGAUGGACCCGCUGGCGUUCGAGAGCGUCCUGAGCUGCGCCUACACGGGUCAGCUCCAGAUGCUGAGAGACGACAUCGUCAACUACCUGACGGUGGGUAGCGUGCUGCAGAUGUGGCACAUCGUGGACAAAUGCACCGAGCUGCUGAGGGAGGGUCGAGCUGCAGCUGCAGGAGGUGGAGGAGCGCUGCAGGAUGGAGCAGGAGGAGGUGAAAGGUCAGCCGUCGCCGGGUGUAGCAGCAGCAACAGCGAGGGUGGUGCCAUCAGAGCCGCUGGUGCCGGUCAAGUCCAGGUUGUGGAGUCCGACGAGGCCCAGCGAGCCCCCCCGCCCCCCAGCCGGCCCUCGGUGAGUGAGAGCCAGUCCCCCAGCAGCACCAACUACUUCAGCCCCCGAGACGGGAGCAGCUUCGGGGGAGGAGGAGCUGCUGCAGGGGGGGCGUCGAUGGAUGGAGGCAGAGCCAGCAACACCCACAGCUACUGCACCCCCUCGGGAGGAGAGGAGGCCCUGCUUAUUGAAGAGGAGGAGGAGGAGGAGGAUGAAGAGGAGGAGGAGGAGGAGGAGGUGAUGUACCACCAAAGGAAGAGAGCAAGAGGAGGCGGCAGUGCGAGGAGGAAGAAAGGGAGCAGCGUGUCGGAGCAGGAGGUGGGAGUCAGCGACAGCUUCGGCGUUUCCUCCUACCAGGACGGGGAGGACUCGGAGACGAGUCAGCCAAAGCGUCCCACCUACAGCCAGCCCAGCAUCAUGCCCCGGAAACAGUGGGUGGUGGUGAAAACCGAACGCAGCGAGGACGACGACCUCAUCGUGGUGUCCGGAGAGGAGGGGGGAGAGGACGAGGAGGACGAGGAUGAGAGGGAGAUGGAGCUGGCCCAAGAACGGGAGAGAGGCAACUUCAACAUUUCCAACAUCAGGAACCUUUCGGCGGAGCUGGGGGGGCGAGCGGAGAGCAACAUGGACUCACAGAUGGACUACUGUCAGUCUUCUGAGGACUACCUGAAGUUUGAAGGCGGUCUGAUGGAACAGACGUUGGCUCAGCACCUUCAUGACAGCUCUGCGGGUCAGAACCAGAACAGCAACCGGGCCGUUUCAGCCCUUCUGGGCCAGGUUCAGUCUGCAGCCUCGGCCCGGGCCCAGCUCUUCCCUCUGGACAUGCAGGGGAACCAGAUCCUGCUCUACAGCCAGGCCUCCGGACACCCCCUGGACCCCGCUGCUGCGCCUCCUUUAGGGACGAUGGGAGGAGCUUCGUUCAAAGGGCCCAGUUUGGAGCACGGAGCGGUCCACCUGCAGCCCGGUUUGGGGGUGGAGGGCUCGGACAGCGGAGGGGUUGGAGGCGGGUGCAGUGGGAGCAGCUCCGGUGGGUCGGCGAAGGUGUUCAUGUGCCACUGUGGGAAGACGUUCACCCAUAAGAGCAUGAGGGACCGGCACAUCAACAUGCACCUGGACCUGAGACCCUUCCACUGCCCCGUCUGCUCCAAGAAGUUCAAGAUGAAGCACCACCUGACGGAGCACAUGAAGACCCACACCGGCCUCAAGCCCUACGACUGCCUCGGCUGCGGCAAGAAGUUCAUGUGGCGCGACAGCUUCAUGAGGCACCGCUCGCACUGCGAGAGGCGGGGCGGGCCGGGGGAGGGAGGGGGGAGCGGGGACAGGGGGAGGCGAGCAGCAGCAGGAGGAGGAGGCGAGGAUGGGCCUGAUUUUAGCUCCUCCCCCCACCUCCUCCCGUCUGCAGGUGAGGGAGGGACCAGAGGAGGAGGGGGAGGAGCGUCUGCAGCUCUGACACAUCGGCACGGCGGCGUUACAGGAAGUAGUAACAGCGUAUCUGGAGCUGGGGCGCUGCUGGGGGUCGUCCCUCAGAAUCCGGGUCAGGAUCAGGGGUCCGGAAUGUUCGGAGGCCUCGGACUGGGCCGGGAUGUGUGUGAAGUCAGCGCUGAUGAAAGCAGCGUGACUUAAAGCAACCAGCGUGACGGACCUGGGGGUUCUGAUGGUUCUGCUGCUGAGUCCGGUCGUUUGAGGGCGGGAUGAAAACCGGAAGCUUCUGUUCUCGACCUGCUGAAUUUCCGAUUCUUCCUUUUGUUUUGUGAAGUUUCCAAAACGGUUUUAUUUAUUUGCUGUCGAGACGAGAAGACUUUAAAGUUUCCUCCCGUAAACAAACCGGCUGAUCUGGAGUCAGCUGGCGAUUCAAGAAAAGUCCCAAAACGUUCCUGAACUUUAAACCCAACUGCUGUUCUGUUCCGUGGGAACGUUCCGGUGUCGUUAGAGUAGGAAAACGUUCUGAAUUGCUGUGAUAUUCUGCUGUGAUGUAUCGUGACCUGUCGCUGUGCUCAGAUUAAAAACUAAUUAGAAACAGAAAAAUAUAAUAAUUCACAUUUUUAAACAUUUCAAAGUUCUCAAACAUGAAAACAGAAUUUUGUACACGGAGGAUGUUUUCCAGAUGUUUCCCUCACUGGAGCAGCUUCAGCUGGUGGGGAAAGGCCAGGACUGACAUGAACUUAAACUGAUCCUGAAACAGUUCAGCUGGGAAGCAAAAGCUCACGGUGUUUAUUCUGAUGUGACUUUUCUUAAUUAGCCGUUUCUAACAUUUGCACAUUGAUGAGAUUAAUAAUAUUGUUGUAAAUAUUCAGAAAUCAUCAGAAUUAAACAUAUUUUAGUUUGUUUUGUUAUUAAAGGAAGUAAAAAUGUUCCUGAAACUGCUGAGUUCCUGGUUGACGUUUGCAGAGGCGCACAGUGUCCACCAGGGGGAGUUGUCUAACCAGUGCCCCCUUGUGGCCAUGGCUGGUACUGUUACUGACUCAACAACCAUACCAUUGUUGGUUUUUGUGAUUUAUUUGGCUUUAUUUCCACAUUUGAACCCAGUAAAGUUUAUAAAACAUAUUUUUGUGUUGCUGCAGAACAAAUCAGUAAAGGGCGGAGGUAAACCCCCACAGGACCUUUUCAUUUAAAAGCCUUCAGAGAUUUUCCUUGCAGAGCUGCAGGUUUGCUUUUCUACCUUCUGUGAAGGAUCAGAUUUCGAGCUGCAGGUUCGCAGCUCAGGCUGCUGAUCUGUUUCCUGUGCGUGAAUGAGAUGAGUGGGAUGGUGUUGCUUAAUCCCAUCACCUGUUUGCAUUUAGAGAUUAAUGAAAUCAGAUUAGAACAAACGGGUUUUCUGGCAGAAAUGUGAAUGGUUUUGUUUUUAAAAGGAAAUCUUGGACUUAAGUGCAGCAGCCUACAGGAGAGAUGGAAAUAAUCCUCUAAUUUGAUCGUUUACAUUAAAAUUCACCAUUUGACUAAUUUAAAAAAUGAAAAUCUUUAACCCCAGAUGGAAGAUUUAAGGUGUUUUUCUUCUAAAUCCUUCAGUUUUCAGAGCUGUUGAUGCUUCUGUAAGCUAAAGGGAAUAAAACCAGACAUGGUUCAUGUUUACGUUCACAUGCUUUUUUUGCUGUUCCUGUUUUUUAAGGAGGAUCUCAGAAAGCUCAGAUCUGCUGCUGAAAAUAAAAACUGAUUUUAUUUUUGUACAUUUAAACAACGAAACACGACCAACAUCCUGAUUGUUGUAAUGGUGUGAAAUCCUGCAGAGCAUCGAUAUUAACCUCUUGUUCCUGAUUAAUAAAUUAUUUAGGGAAGAUAA